AUGACGAGCCUUCGCAAGUCCAAGAAUGCUCGUCGCGUGGCCCGCCUGCAAGCCACCGCCGCCGCCACCACCACCACCACCAACAAAGCCACUAUGGCUAAUCAGCAACUUCUGCCUGCCUUCGUGGCACCCUCUCGUCUGCCUGCCUAUGUGACACCGUCGCCCCUGCCUGGGUGGUUGGCACCCUCUUCAUUGCCUGUGCCCGUGCCCUCGCCGCGUGGCCUGGCACUUGCCUGGGAUCCGUUCGUUCAUAGCGAACAGCCUUUGUCUUUGGGGUCGGUGGAGGAGGCCAUCGGCAACCUGGGUCCUGCUGCUACCUCUGACAAGCAGGCCCAAAAGGCCACAACUCUCUCGGCGCCGGUGAAUUUUGGCAGCCUACCGCUGGCGGAGGCAAGAAGGCCAAUGAGGAGGAAGAGAUGGGUGAUGAGGAUGUGGUGUUGUAAGGAGUAG